UUUUUUUUGAAACUUUUUUUUCCAUUGCACACUUUUCUGCUUGAAGCGUGAACGCAAAAGAACAGGAUGGGACGAAAGCGACGCGACGAGAGCGACGAGGACGAGCAGGAGCAACCGACUGCCCCUGCGCCCGCUGCUGCGACCACCGACAAGGGCAAGGGCGGCAACAAGAAGAGCCACGAUAAGCAGUCCUCUUCAUCAUCAUCAUCGUCAUCGUCAUCGUCAUCGAGUGGCGGCGGCGGCAAGAAGAGCUCAGCCAGCAAGAAGAAGAGCGCACAUGGCGCCGAGGACGACGACGAGGACGCUUCUGCUUCUACGGCGGCUACUUCGACGGGUGCUGCUGCUGCUGCUGCUGCAGAGGACGAUGGCAAGAAGGCCAAGGGCGGCAAGGGCGGCAAGAAGGGCAAGAAGAACCGCGGCGGCGAUGACGACGACGACGACUGGGAGGCCGAGAUGAACAAGCUCAAGGACCAAGGCGAGGUCGAUCUGGCUGCCCAGUCCGCGGCAGUCGCUGCUGCAAGUGCCAGUGCCAGUGCUGCUGCUGCCAGUGCGGCGAAGGCGGCAGGCGAUGACCAGGAGCAGGUCGAAACAGCUCAGCCCGCGGCUGCUGCUGCUGCUGCUCAAGGCAAGAAGGGCAAGGAUGCUGCUGCUGCUGGAGGCAAGAACAACAAUGCCAAGGGCGGCAAGAAGGGCAAGAAGAGUCGCGAUGACGACGACGAUUGGGAGGCAGAGAUGAACCAGCUCCGCGAAGAGAACGAGAAGGCGCCCGCAGCGAGUGCAAAGGCCACGUCCAAGGCGGACGAGGAUGUCGAUCAGCUUGCGUCCACGCUGGCCGAUGCAUCCAUUGCUGAUGACAAGUCCAAGUCCAAGAAGAAGUCAUCCAAAAAGGGCUCAAAGCACGACGGUGGAGACGAUGCCGACGACAGCACUGUGUCUGCACUUGCAACCAAGAUGGCUGCUACGCUGUCCACUGCCGAUGGCGGCGAGGAGGAGGAGGAGGACGCCAACCCCUUCACGGUGGUUUCUAAAAAGUCAAAGGCCAGCGGCAAGUCGAGCAAGAAGAAUCGCCGCGCAGCCGAGCAAGACAACGACAUGGAUGACAUGCUGGUCGAGAACAACGACGACGCGCCCGAAGAAGAACCGCCAGUCACCGAGUCCAAGCCCAAGAAGCAGUCCAAGAAGGCUGCAGCGGAACAGGAAGAGCAAGAUGCCGCGGCUGAGGCCGAGCCAGCAGAAGAAAAGAAGGACAAGAAGAAGAAAAAGAAGGCUGCUGCCAAGGAGGCCGAGGAGGAUCAACCCGCUGAUGAAGCGCCUGUCGAGGAGGAGCCGGCUGCUGAGGACACUGUCAAGGAAAAGAAGAAAAAGUCCAAAAAGUCCAAGCAAGACCCAGAAGAAGAGCAGCCCGAAGAUGCAGAGCUCCCCGUCGAUGAUGCUGGAGAGGCCCCUGUCAAGGAAAAGAAGAAGAAAAAGAAGAAGCACGAUGCCGACGAGGAUGGCGAGAGCGAAGCAACUGCUGCUGCUGCUACCGCAGAGGAACCGGCCGAAGUAGUGGCGGAAGAAGCUGCACGCGACAAGAAGAAGAAAAAGUCAAAGUCCGAGCUGGACGAGAAGCAACUUCGCCGCCUCAACCGUGCAUUCAACGAGGACUCCCGUCCUGACGAUGAGCAACUUGCCGCAAUUGCUGCCAAGGUGGGCUUGUCGGAAGAAGAAGUUUACUCGUGGUUCAAAGCCCAGCGAAAGCUUACUCGCCAAAGCAACCGGGAGGCGGCUGCAGCAGAAGAAGAGUCCCAGGCUGUCGAGGAAGAGGCUGCCCCCGCGGCCGCGGCCGCGGCUGCUGCCCCAGAACCGGUCGUUGAAGCGGAGUCGAAUGAUCGCAAAGCCAAGAGCGCCAAAAAACUGCGCGCACGCGAGCGCGCUCUUGCCAACAAGGAGAAGGGUCGCUCGACCACCAAGGAUCGCAACGAGGACGACGACGAUGAUGCCGACGAGGCCGAGCGCAAGGCCAGCAAGGCCUCCGAGACGUAUGGCGACGACGAUGAGGACGAGGACGGCGACAAGCCGCAGGAAACCGAGGCUGCCAAGUCCGCAUCCAAGGGCAAAAAGCCACGCAAGGCUCGCGCUGACGACGACGAUGAUGAUGAUGAGGGAUAUUCUCGAGGCAUGUACAACGAAGAUGCCCAGCAAGACGAGGAGAAUGACGAGAAGGAAGAGCUCACUGGUCGCGAGGAGCGCAAGGCUCGUAAGUUGCGUGAACGUGAGGCCAAGAUUGCUGCCGCUCGCGGACCUGCCGGCAUUUCGCAGUUCUCCGUCCAGCAAGCCAACCUCAACUCGCAGUCUGUCAGCGACAAUGCGACGGAUGUCAAGAUUGACGGCUUUAGCAUUUCCGCUGGUGGCAAGGACUUGUUUGUCAACGCCAACCUUACCAUUGUUCCUGGUCGACGAUACGGUUUGCUGGGUCCCAACGGUCGCGGCAAAACCACCCUGCUGCGCCACAUUGCAAACCGCGAGCUUGCCAUUCCCAAGAACAUUGAUGUGCUUUAUGUGGAGCAAGAAAUCGAGGCUGACGGCACCUCCGUUGUGGAAGCCGUUUUGCGCGCCGACACUGUCCGCAUCAAUCUGCUGGAAGAAGAAAAGCGCCUGCUGGCCGAGUUGCAAGUGAAAUCCUCAACGGAAGCCACCAAACGCCUGCAACAAGUCACUGACGAGCUGAAGGCCAUUGGAGCUGCCUCCGCGGAAUCUCGUGCGCGACGGAUUUUGGCUGGUCUCGGCUUUGACCGCAAAAUGCAACGACGACCAACCAACUCGUUCUCUGGUGGUUGGCGCAUGCGUGUGUCCUUGGCGCGCGCUCUCUUCAUCGAGCCUACGCUCCUGUUGCUUGAUGAGCCGACCAAUCACCUCGAUUUGAACGCCGUCAUCUGGCUGGACAACUACCUGUCCACCUGGAAGAAGAUGUUGCUUGUCGUUUCCCACGAUCAAGACUUUUUGAAUUCGGUCUGCACCGAUAUCAUCCACUUGGAAGACCGAAAACUGCACUACUACCGUGGCAACUACUUUGACUUUAAGAAGAUGCACGCCCAAAAGGUUGUCGAGCAGCAGAAGCAGUGGGAGAAGCAGCAAAAGCAGCUCAAGGCGCUCAAGGCUGCUGGCCACUCGUCCAAGGACGCGCUUGAGAAGGCCCGGCGAUUGCAAGUCGCCAAGGGCGGCAAGAAGCCCGCCGGCAAGAACGUUGACGACGACGACGUUGGCAACAAGCUCGAGCUGAUUGAGAAGCCGCGCGACUACAUUGUCAACUUCCACUUUGUCGACCCGCCGCAGCUGCCCCCGCCGAUCAUUGAGGUGGUGGACGUUGGCUUCAACUACCCGAACUGCCCCAAGCUCUUUGAUGAUGUCAACAUGGGUGUCACCAUGGACACGCGCAUGUGCAUCGUGGGCCCGAACGGUGUCGGCAAGUCGACCCUGCUCAACCUGAUUAUUGGCGAGCUCAACCCGACCGAGGGUGAGGUCCGUCGCAACCGCAAGCUGCGUAUCGGCCGCUACAACCAGCACUUUGUCGACGUGCUGCCCAUGGACAUUUCUCCCACCGAGUACCUCAUGAACACGUUCAACAAGGUGAACGAGCAAUGCCGCGCGCAGCUGGGUCGCUUUGGUCUUGUGAGCCAUGCCCACACCAUCCCGAUUCGUGACUUGUCUGGCGGUCAAAAGGCGCGUGUCGUCUUUGCCGCGCUCGUCUUCCAAGAGCCGCACAUCCUCUUCUUUGACGAACCGACCAACCAUCUCGACAUCGAGUCGAUCGAUGCGCUGGUCGAGGCCAUUGAGCAGUUCAAGGGUGGUGUGGUUGUUGUGUCGCACGAUGCACGUCUCAUCACCGAGACCGAGUGCCAGCUGUGGGUCUGCGACGAGCGCGACUGCAUCAAGUUUGACGGUGACUUUGACGACUAUCGCGAUCUCAUUCUGGCUCAGCUGGAGGAGGCCGAGCGCAACGCUGCUUAAAAAAACAAAAACAAAAGCAAAAAACAAAAAAAAAAGUCCAGUUGUUUUAUUUUGAUGUGUUGUUUUGUGUCAUUUUGUGUCUUUCGCUGUUGUUGUUGUUGUUGUUGUUGUUGUCCUUGUUUGCUUGGAAUUUGAGUUUCGGCAGAAUACAUCGAGCAAUCUCGAA